AUGGAUUCCCGUCCGCAUACCGGGAGCUUCGACCCGGCGUCGGCGCUGCUCCCCAGCAUACCAACACACUCCAGCUCCAGCGCGCCAGUCACUCUGCGCUGCUGCUGUGGCCGCCAGGACUGUGCUACCCUCGAGCACAACAACGUUGCUCUCGAGGGUCUAGAGAAAGAUCUCGAGACGGCGGCCCGAUUAGGUCAGGCUCUGCUGCACCGCCAUGAAAGCUAUAUGGCCGAGGCGGAAGAAGACCGCCAACAACUGGUUGCUAGCGUUGAUGCGCUCGAGCGCGAGAAGCGCCAGGUUCAGGCCGAAAAUGCCCGCAUUGUUGAGGAAAAUCGCGCUCUCCUGGAGCAGCUCGAGGGCCUGAAUUCUGCUGUCUCAGAUUCUGAUGCGCAUGCCCAGUCCCUGACCACGAUGCUGGAAUGCACUCAAGCGGAAGUCCGCAGGUUGACUGUUGCCGCUUCGCGGGCAGCCGAACUCGAAGCCCAGCUGGUCCUGAUGGAGACCGAGCAAUCACGAUUGCAGGAUAGUCUCAGUGCCGCACAGGAGGAUGAAAAAUCGGCCGUGCAGCGCUGGAGGAGUGCGGAGAGCACGCUACGCGAUCUUCGUGAUCAAGUGGAGCGCAUUGAGGCCGAGUCUCGCGAGGAGCGCCAGCAACAUGAAGAGCUUGUGCAGCGCAUGGAGCGGAAACGGAACGUGGAACGCGAGCUUGACAAUGCUGCGAGUCGCUUGAAGGGUGCGGCCGCGGCGACAGAGCUUGGCCGGAACGCCGGCACGCAUGUAGUCUCGCGCUUCGUUAAGGAUAUAUUGCAGGAUAACGCGAAUCUGCAGGUCGGCAUUAUGGAGCUCAGAGAGAUGCUGGAGAGCUCUAAUCAGGAAGUCCAAAAUCUGCGCGAACAAGUCCUGUCUCAUCAGCCGCUUGCUGCUGCCUGCGAGGACGAAAAUGACGAGCCUGUCUCGUCUACUACACUCAGCGAGGAGCUGGAGGCGAAAGAGAGACGGGUCUCUCAGGAGUUCCAUAUCCAUCAUCAUUAUCACACCCCGUCAUCUUCCAAGAAGGACAAGAGCUCACUCAACCGACGUGUCAAGAAGAGACGGCCAGCCCUUGGGAGUCCCGUUCCUCUGCAUUCCGCCAUGGGUGCCCAGUCCCCUCGACGUUCCAUCCACCGCUCCCAGUCUUCCGGCUCAUCCAUGAAUACCAUACUCUCUCAAACAUCAGUAUCUAUCCCGCCGCCGUCAUCUUCCCGACGCUGGUCGCUGCAAUCACCUGCAAUAGACUCCUUGGCAAGCUCGCCGCAAUCUGCGUUCCGCACCUCCUCUAUCUUUGAUCGUGUAGAUCGUGGAUUUGAUUUCUCGCAGCCGACCAGCCCGGAUAGUACGGUGUUCUCCUCGCCUCUCAUGGGAGCCCGAAAUAUAAAAGGCUUUGACAUGGCCUUCCGGCCACUGGCGGGUCUCGACAGCCCUGACCCAUCCAUGGAUAAUUCAUCUGGUCUUUUCGCCGAGGACCUUGAAAGGCUAGGGAAGUUGGAUAUGGGCGACGGCAUAGCGGCGCACCCGGCCAUUCCAGAAGAAUCCGAGUCGCCGUCUGGGUCAUACUGCCAAUCUGUGGCUAACAAUCCUGCACCCACCGCCGAAGACGUGUUUGGUGUUCAAAUACCAUUCCCAUCUCUUCGAAAAUCGGCAUCUCAUGAUAGUCUUCUUUCCGUUGCAGGAAUGGAUAUUCAUACUCCGACCACGCGCCACGCCCGCAUGGGUGAUUGGUACCCAGGCAUGCGCAUCCCCCAGCGCAUCGUGUCUCCGAGCAUUGAGCUGGUCUCAACGCCGCCCGUUAUCUCCGCACCCGCCAUCACAGUCAACCGCGCCAAGGGCCCGGAGCAAUCAUCUCGCUCCCUCCUAGCCUCCUUCGCCGCCAGUUCCAGCGCUGCCUCGGAAGCAGCAUCUGUCAUCUCCGCUGACAGCGCAAGCUCCAGCUCUACCGCAACUCCCCUGUUCCCUAAGCCCACCACUCUGGGCCGGCGCAUGGGUGGUUGGGUUCUCGGCCGCUGGGGCAUGGCCCCUGUCUCUUCAUCCGCGGACAAUGAGAACAAUGAGACUGAAUCACCCGCCCAGGAGCCAGAAUCCCAGGACGCUGCUCCUGAAAUCCCAGCGCCCAAGGCCCAUUCUAUCCCGCGUCCUCCAGACCCAGCCCCGCCUCUUGGGUUCAGAUUUCCUGGUGUGAACCAGAAAGGCCCUAUCAUGGGCUUCCGCCCUCCACCCCGCGCCCCGGUGUCCAUUCACCCACAACGAAUCGACGAGGAACUCCUGCGUGAGAGUCUCGCCGAAGGCGGUCAGUGA